UCUUAAGUAAACAUUUCCAAGUGGCAAAGUUGGCACAACUGCUUAAUUGUCAAACUUGACAGUGUGGCAGUGUUGUAGAAUGAAGGAAAUAAAAGACCGGCGCUGAUCGUAUUUGUGGAUGUCACGGUCAUUUAUAUUUAUAUUUGUUAUAAGAUCGUGAUCAGGAUCUUAUAGUUUAAAAUUGCUGCCUUUUUCUCCGAACAUUUGCGGAUAGUUCAGAUGACUGAGGGGAUAAUUUUAUUAUUUGACAUUGGCAACACUGCAGUGUGGAGGAAGAAGAUUAACCCUAAUAACCUUAAAUGUUUACUUCUUUCGGUGUUAAAAUAGUGGCCUUAUUUAGAAUAAUUAGUUAUUAUUUUUAGUUAUUUAUUAAUACAAUGGCAGAAGAUAUAAGUUUCUUACAGAAGGAAGCCGACAAAUCGGAAGAGCAAAUUUUGCUGUUGAAAAAAGAGUUGACUGCUUUGAAAGAGGCCAUUAAAAAUAGAGUCGUACUCAGUACUGAUGACGCCAAAAUCAAUCAAAUAGUUACUGAGAACACCAAGCUCAAACAUCGAUUGGCUGUCUUAAAGAGGGCUAUAGCGGCACACAGCACUUCAGCUCCAAUUGUUACUGAUCUAACCAGAAUGCAGAGCAUACAGGAGACUUUAAGUCGAUUGUUUGGACAGGCGAUUGCUGCAGCUUACCCUGAUUUGGUGGAUGCACCCAUUGUAAUUGCUUUAUCUGGAAAAGAUCCCAAGUUUGGUGAUUUCCAAUGCAAUUCUGCCAUGCCUAUAGCAAACUUGUUCAAACAAAUUGGCAAAAAAUUGGCCCCAAGAGACAUAGGCUUAAAAAUCGUGGAAAACCUGCCAGCUCAUUCGAUGAUAGAAAAAUGCGAAGUGGCAGGGCCAGGUUUUAUAAAUGUGUACUUGAACAAAAUCCAUGGUGUUAAAACUUUGAGUGCCAUCUUUGAGCAUGGUUUAAAACCACCAACUUUGGCCAGGAAACACAGGGUUUUGGUUGAUUUUUCGUCGCCAAACAUUGCAAAGGAAAUGCAUGUGGGACAUUUAAGCCUUAAGCUAUUAGCAACUGACACUGACUUUGGGAAGAUACAGCAUGAUACUCCGUCUUUUCUAAGGCUCUUGCGUAUUCAGGUCCACCAUCAUCGGGGACAGCAUCUGCCGCCUUCUCGAGUACUUGGACACGACGUCGUGCGUAUCAACCACGUGGGCGACUGGGGCACGCAGUUCGGAAUGCUGAUCGCGCAUUUGCAAGACAAAUUCCCCGACUUCGCGAGCAAAUCCCCACCCAUCGGCGAUCUGCAGGCGUUCUACAAGGAAUCCAAGGCCAGGUUCGACGAGGACGAGGCCUUCAAAAAACGCGCGUACGCCGCCGUCGUCAAGCUGCAGUCCUUCGACGCGACGUACGCCAAAGCGUGGCAGCUCAUCUGCGACGUCUCCCGCAAAGAGUUCCAGAAGAUCUACGACAGGCUGGACGUCGUCCUGAAGGAGAGAGGCGAGUCGUUUUAUCAGACGCGCAUGGAGAAAAUCGUUAAAGAGUUGGAUGCCAAAGGUUUUCUAGAGCUGGAUGACGGUAGGAAGGUUAUGUGGGGCGGCGCUACGAUACCCUUAACCGUGGUCAAGUCCGAUGGCGGGUUUACCUAUGAUACCUCCGACAUGGCUGCCAUCAAGCACAGGAUUGAGGAGGAGAAAGCCGAUUGGCUGAUUUACGUGACGGACGCCGGGCAAGCGACCCACUUCCAAGUCCUUUUCGGCUGCGCCAAAAAGGCGGGAAUUAUCGACGAUUCGCACCGAGUGGAUCACGUGGGCUUCGGGGUGGUGCUCGGAGAGGACAAGAAGAAGUUCAAGACGCGGUCGGGGGACACGGUGCGCCUGCUGGACCUCCUGGACGAAGGCCUGAAACGAUCCCUGGACAAGCUCAGGGAGAAGGAGCGCGACAAGGUUUUGACAGCCGAGGAGCUGCGGAAAGCUCAGACCUCGGUGGCGUACGGGUGCAUAAAGUACGCGGACCUGUCGCACAACAGGAACCACGAGUACGUGUUCUCGUUCGAUAAGAUGCUGGAGGACAAGGGCAACACCGCCGUGUACCUGCUCUACGCUUUCACGCGCAUACAGAGCAUCGCGAGGAACGCCAACUUUAGCAAGGAGCAAGUCAACGAGUUGGCCAAGUCGCACACGAUUUCGUUGACCCACGAGAAGGAGUGGAAGCUGGGGAAAGUCCUCCUAAGAUUCCCCGACGUUCUCAUCAAAAUAACCGGCGACUUGUGCCUGCACAACUUGUGCGAGUACGUUUACGAAAUCGCGACCACUUUCUCGGAGUUCUACGAUUCCUGCUACUGCAUCGAAAAGGACGCGUCCGGCGAUAUCGUCAAAAUCAACCACGGCAGAAUACUCCUAUCCGAAGCCACUGCCAGGAUUCUCGAGCAAUGCUUCAAUAUCUUAGGACUCAAACCUGUAUCCAAGAUGUAAAUAAAAAUCUCUAUACAUACAAACGCAAA